AAGUUGGUACUAUGUACCAAAAUUUAAAUUGUACACAAUUUAUUUGUAAAAUUGUUAUGUAAUCGAUAAUUUUAAUGGCAAUGGGCAUCGGCUCGUGGGCGACCAUGGAGGGAGCCGCGGGCUUGCGUUCACUGAUCAUAAUUAUUAAUUAAUAAACAUUAUACAAGCUUACAACAUUGGUGUAAAUUUGUACUUCUAAUUUGUGAUGUUCAUCCGAUAAGACGGCAGAGAUUUGAUACCGUCGAAAUAGGUACUGACUACAACACUGUAUAUAAUAGUAAAUUGUGGCUUACAUAAUGUUAAGUAAUAAGCAAAUAAAAUAAUGACUCCAAUGUGUACGGCUAUAGAGAUGAUUGUCUACAACAAUGAUUGAAGUUUCUGAUGUGUCCAUUGCAUAUCAAAAGCUUCGUGUUGCUGAUGUUGGAAACAAAAUAUUUCUCCCGGAUAUUCCUGUGACUUGAACUUAUUCAAAUAUUUUUGUGUGGGAACUACAUUUUCCAGCCAUGUUCAAAUAUUCAUACAUCUAUGCUAUUGUAUUCUUGGACUUAAUUAGCAUUAGCCUCAUCAUACCAGUAUGGGGCACUCAUUUACGCUCUUUAGGCGCUAGUCACUUUCAUAUAGCCUUACUAGGUUCUACAUAUUCGUUUCUACAAUUCCUAUCUGGCACACCAAUUGGUGCACUCAGUGAUCAUUAUGGUCGAAAGAUUGUACUCAUUGUUACAAUAUGCAUUUGUGCCGUAGCUUAUUUCCUUCUAGGCUGUGUGAAAUCGUUGAUAUUCAUAAUACUAAUUCGUGUCAUUCAAGGAUGUUUAAAACACUCACAACUUUUGUGCAAGACUUUAGUUAAUGACCAAGUACCUACUGACCAACAGACUACAGUUUAUGGACGAAUGAAUGGAUUUUCAUCGCUUUCGUUCGUUAUUGGACCAAUUAUUGGUGGUCAUCUAAUGGAAAAAAGUGAAGGAUUUUAUAGCCUAGCGUGUUAUACUUCUAUAAUAUUUCUAAUUAACGCUUUAGUUGUUUAUUUUACGGUUCCUAACACAACUGUACCAAAAAAAGAAAGAAAGAGUGCAUCACCAUUUAGUGAUUUAAUGGAAGUAAAUUGGAAUGAAUGUUGGCCUGCUUUUUCGCUGAAAAUGUUGGGAGCUGCAGCGUUGUUUGCAUAUUUUAGUUCAGUUGGUCUUGCUAUGAAUGAAAAGUUCAAUUUAUCCCCAUCAGAAGCUGGUUAUACUGGUGCUUUGCAAGGACUUACAGGUGGCAUAACUGGCUUUGCAGCUGGCAAAAUAGAAAACAUAAUCUUUCCAACUAAAAAUCCAUUUACCAAAUGUUUUUAUUCCUUCAUAAUGUUGGGUAUAGGAUUUGUUAGUUUAGCCUUGGCACCAAAUUUAACUAUAUUUAUGGCAGCUAUGAUUCCAAUCAGCGCUUCAAGUACACUUAUAAGAGGAUUUAACAAUGAAAUAUUGUAUGAACAGUCUUCAUCUAAUCACAAAGGUCUAGUUGCUGGUGCAGGAGCUAGUUCCGCUGCAAUAGCAAGAUUUCUAGCACCAAUUAUAUGUGGUUUUACAAUGGACAUGUUUGGAAAUAACUCUGGGUUUUUGUUGUCUGCAUUGUUUUCAUUCACUGGAGCAGUGUUGUCAGUAUGUCUAACCAAGAGAUCAAAAGCUCAUGUUGAAUAAGUCAUUAAGUGUGUGGAAAACAGCAAUCCUUUCUAACUGUGGCAAAUUAUAAAUAUUUGGUUUG